AUGGUGUGGAACCCGUAUUUGGGACAAACAAGGUGGAUACAACCAGGAAGAACACCUUACUACUCAUCAGAAUAUGCUCUCGGAUACGACAACAACAGUUGUAACCACAAAAUCUUGAGGUAUAUUAUCGAUUAUGGUGAGGAAGAAUUUGAAAUCUACGAUUUUAUUUCUGAUACAUGGAGGACUCUUGAUCUUGAUGUCACUCCGGACUGGGGCUGGGGCUGGGGCUGGGGUGGAGAGGCCUUCCGUCUCACCACAUCGGUGAAAGGAAAUACUUACUUUAUGUACUAUGAAAGAGGUGAUGAGACGUACCCUGAUAUCUUUCUCUGUUUUGAUUUCACAAGAGAAAGAUUUGGAGAGAAGCUUCAUCUCCCUUGGUCUAAUUCUACUCCAUUCUCUUCUUUUGGAGAAGAGAAACUAGCGGCUUUAUCUGGAACUGAAAUUUGGGUUACAACUAAGGUUGAGCCUAAUGAGGUGUUGUGGACCAACUUUUUAAAACUUGAUUUGGAAUCUAUCCCUCGUUUUACACGUCGCAGCUUAUUCAUUGAUGAAGAGAAGAAACGUGCUGUGAUUUUUACUUAUGGCUGUUAUGACAGUCUUAAGAUUGAGAAGGAAUACUACAACGCAGCUUACAUCAUUGGAGAGAAUGACUUCUUUAAAACAGUGUAUCUUGGAGAAACUAACCCUACUCAUGUUCAUUUUCGUCCGGGGAAAAUGGUCUAUUUCAACAUGGAUUUUACGCAUCGUGCCUUUUCCUUCGCGAACUUUGCAGUAGUGCGUAUUUCAUCAUGA